AUGAAAAGCACGACAGGAUCUAGGCACACAUCAGAAGAUUCACCGGUUCCUUCCGCUACAGUUUCAACUCAACCUUCUAUCCCAUACGAAAAUACCUCUCGAUCAACGAGAAGUGAGACCCCAGUUGAUUAUGACAGCAUUGGAACAACGGCAACAGCAGUUCCUUCAACUGUUGAUCCAAUGAAAAGAACAACAGGAUUUAGGCACACAGCAGGAUCCAGGAACACACCAGAAGGUCCAUCGACUCCUUCCGCAGCAGUUUCAUCUCAGCCUUCACUCCCAUACGAAAAUACCCUCGUAUCAAAGAAAAGUGAGACCCCAGUUUACUAUAAGAGCAUUGGAACAACGGCAACAGCACUUCUAACAACUGUUGUUCCAAUGAAAAGCACGACAGGAUCUAGGCACACAUCAGAAGAUUCACCGGUUCCUUCCGCUACAGUUUCAACUCAACCUUCUAUCCCAUACGAAAAUACCUCUCGAUCAACGAGAAGUGAGACCCCAGUUGAUUAUGACAGCAUUGGAACAACGGCAACAGCAGUUCCUUCAACUGUUGAUCCAAUGAUAAGCACAUCAGGAUCUAGGAUUACUGCAGGAUCUGGGAACACAUCAGAAGGUUCACCAUCUCCUUUAGCAGGAGUUUCAUCUCAGCCUUCUGUCCCAUACAAAAAUACCUCUGCAUCAACAAGUGAGACCUCAGUUGACCAUGAGAGUACGGGAACAACGGCAACAAUAUUUGCGUCAAGUGAUAAGCAUUCAAAAAAUUCAGCAAUACCUACGGAGACGUCAAGGAGACCUUUCAACUCCCUCAGCAUCGAUUCCAACUAA